AUGUCAGAUUUCCAACAGCGAUCACCCCGACGCGACAUCAAUAGGACAGACCCCGCCAGCCGCCAGUGGCCACCACUUUAUACUUCGCAACAAAAUCCAAAAGUCCGACAGUUGUGUCGGUCCAAUCCCGACAUUCGACUUGCCCAGAACAAUUUUCCGAGGCUAGCUACACGGAACCUAGCCUCAUUCAGCUUCGAUCUGGACGCCGUCACAGCGCCUCGGAAGAGACCCAGAUACUAG